CUCAUCUCUCUCUGCAGCAAGCAGGGGGGAAGAACAAUGUCCCAUUUCGACUGCCACAGGAACAAGUGCUGUUCGUGUGCCUGAGCGAGGCUGUGAGUAAUGGCUUUGCCCAGCCGAGCAGUCACUGGAUCCCCUUCAUGGAGGCAGCAGUAACGCUCAUCUACCAGCUAGCAGAAGGGCCAGAGAAGAUAUGUGCUCACAUCCUGCAGGUGUGCAGCCAGAAAGCUCUGGAGAAUCUGCAAGAGACUGAUGGGCAGAAAGAGGAGUCUGGGGCUUCUCCCGGCAGAGUCUCUGAGGGUGCUAGCAGUCUCCCUACGUUCCUGCUGCUGCACCUGGUGUCCCUUGUGGGACAGGUGGCACUGCGGCAGGUAGCACAUUUGGAAGUGUCCGUGAGUGCGGAGCUGCGCAGGCGCCGCAUCCUCAGGGAGGAGGAGAAGACCAAGAAGCAUAAAGAGCGUUCUGACAGCAGCACAAUGAAGCAGAGACCUCGGAGCACAGGAAACGAUACCACUAUAGAGGAGGAGUUGGGCCUUGUUGGAGCAUCUGCUGAUGACACUGAGGCUGAGCUCAUCCGCAGUAUUUGCGAGAUAGAACUUCUAGAUGAGAAGCACCUGUUUUCUGCCUUUGUUCCGCUGGUGCUCAAGAUCUGCAACAACCCUGGGCUCUACAGUGAUCCAGCACUUAGAGCUGCUGCAGCCCUGACUCUAGGCAAAGUCUGCAUGAUCAGCUCUGAAUUCUGUGACUCCCACUUGCGCUUGCUCUUCACUAUGAUGGAGAAGUCCCCUCUGCCUGUUGUGAGAUCCAACCUGAUUAUUGCAGCAGGAGAUCUGGCUAUCCGUUUCCCCAAUCAGGUGGAGCCAUGGACACCACAUCUGUAUGCCAGGUUGCGAGAUCCCUGCCAAAGUGUGAGGCAGACGGCUGGGGUGGUGAUGACUCACCUCAUCCUCAAAGACAUGGUAAAGGUGAAAGGCCAAGUGAGUGAGAUGGCAGCUUUGCUGAUAGACCCAGAGGAAGCAAUCGUGGGAGUGGCUCAAAACUUUUUCAAUGAACUCUCCAACAAGGAUAAUGCCAUCUAUAACCUGCUUCCUGACAUAAUCAGUCGUCUCUCAGAUCCUGACUGCGGCGUAGAUGAAGAAUCCUUCCACACUAUUAUGAGACAUCUCUUCUCCUAUAUCACAAAAGACAAACAGACUGAGAGCUUGGUGGAGAAACUUUGUCAGCGAUUCCGGACUGCCAGGUGAGUUUAAAUCCUAAAUUUCCUAUCUUUCUCCUAAAACGCAUGGAAAAAAUGUAUCCUUGUCUUAUUACGCUGUGAUCUAGUAGGUGGGAAUUCUGCCUAUGGGAAAGGGUUGGAACUGGAUGAUCAUUAAGAUCCCUUCCAACUCAGGACAUUCUAUUCUUCGGGUCCUCUCCCC